GACAAAGCGCCCGGCCUUGUGUCGGUUGGAUCUGCCGCCAUGCUGCUGCUUUCGGUGCCCGGUGGCCGCUUCCACCUCAGGCCGGCCUUCCCGCCCCUCCUCACACUCCUGCUCCUCGUCCUGCUGCCGGGCCCUGCGCGGCCCAUAUCUUUCCAGCUGCCGGGCAAGGCCCGCAAAUGCCUGCGGGAGGAGAUUCACCGCGACACGCUGGUCACCGGCGAGUACGAGGUCGCCCCUCCGCCGGGCUCGUCCAGCGGCCCGUCUGCCAAUCUCAAGAUCACUGACUCUGCUGGACAUAUUCUGUAUUCCAAGGAAGAUGCUACUAAGGGCAAAUUUGCCUUUACCACGGAGGACUAUGACAUGUUUGAAGCAUGCUUUGAGAGCAAACUCCCUGUGGGAACAGGGCGGAUGCCAGACCAGCUCGUGACCUUGAAUAUGAAGCAUGGAGUGGAAGCAAAAAACUACGAGGAGAUUGCUAAAGUGGAAAAGCUGAAGCCUCUGGAGCUGGAACUACGACGCCUAGAAGAUCUUUCAGAAUCUAUUGUCAACGACUUUGCCUAUAUGAAGAAGCGGGAGGAGGAGAUGCGGGAUACCAAUGAGUCUACCAACAUUCGGGUACUAUACUUCAGCAUUUUCUCAAUGUUCUGCCUCAUUGGACUGGCUACUUGGCAGGUCUUCUAUCUGCGCCGUUUCUUCAAGGCCAAGAAAUUGAUUGAGUAGCCAGAGGGACAGUUUCCCCUCCUUUAAAACCCCAGUGGAACAACACAGUGACCCAGCUAUGGCUGUUUAGAGGCACCUGGGAAUUGACCUGCCAAAUGGAGCUUUUUCCUGCAAUCGACCCCUAAAGGGAGGGAGGGAAUAAAAUGAGGAAGUUUCUGAACUGCUAUUGGAUAGAUUUGGGAGGGGUGGAAGUUGUAUUUUUGGGGGACUCUUGGACAGGGAUGAAAUAAAACUGUCUCGGACAGCU